AUGCUACUCAAUUUAGAUAUCAAUCAGAAUUUUAGAUGUUUGCAAUUUUUAAAAAAUUCCCUUAUACCAAUGCUUUUUGACUCAAUUCAUUUACUACGACCUCGAAAACAAAUGCAAAGGGUUGAUCGAUGCAGGACAAAGAAACAAUAUAAAAAUAGAAGACACUUCAGAGGUUAUUAUUACAGAUGGAUGGGGUCUUAUUAA